AGCCUCAGCCAUUUCUCUCGUUCUAUCUCUUCUCUCUUAGAUAUUCUUUUCCUUCCAAUAUACUAUCGUUGAAUUGAAUUUUAGAGGGUUCUUCCUUCGCCGUAAAAUAACUCACAAUGGCGUUGUCUUUCGUUCGUCAAGCGUCGCUCGUUGCGCUUCUCGCUUCUACAACUUUCGCUCAAACUUUUACCGAUUGCGACCCUACUAAGAAAACUUGCCCCGCCAACAAAGGUCUGUCAAAAAGUACCUACGAGAUCGACUUCACCAAGGGCGCCGACAACGAUGCCUGGACCGUCACCGCCGGCAACAUCACCUACGGCACUGAUGGCGCCGAGUUCACCCUGAACAAGAAGGGCGAUGCCCCCACCAUUGAGACAUCGUGGUACUUCUUCUUCGGUCGCGCCGAGGUUCUCAUGAAGGCCGCCCCCGGAACCGGUAUCGUCAGCAGUGUUGUUAUCGAGUCCGACGAUUUGGACGAGGUCGACUGGGAGUGGCUCGGCGGCAAGGAUGCCGAGGUUCAGACCAACUACUUUGGCAAGGGCAACACCACCAGCUACGACCGUGGCGCAUUCCACACCAUCGCUGCGACUCAGACCGAGUACCACAACUACACCAUCGACUGGACCAAGGAGGCUGUCACCUGGUACAUCAACAGCAACCUCGUCCGCACUCUCAACUACGCCGAUGCCCUCGGUGGCAAGAACUUCCCCCAGACCCCGGCCCGCCUGAGACUCGGCAUCUGGGCCGGUGGUGACCCAGACAACAACGCCGGCACUAUCACCUGGGCCGGCGGUGAGACCGACUACACCAAGGCCCCCUUCACCAUGACCGUCCAAAAAGUCUCCAUCACCAACGCAAACCCCGGUGGCUCCUACACCUACGGCGACAUGACCGGUGACUAUUCCAGCAUCAAGAUUGGUGCCGCCACUGAUGACAGCACCAACGCCGGUCAGAACGACACAUCUUCAGGAACCACGAUCCGUCCGACGGUUGCUCCUACGGCCACCCAGUCCGGCUCUUCUGCAAGCGCUACUGCCUCCACUGGUGCCAACGCUGCCUCUGGAAAGCUGUUGACCGGCGCGACUGUUGGCACUGGUUUGUUUGGAUUUGCUCUCGUCGCGAUGGCUGGCCUGUUUUAGAAGAGAUAUCCCCCCAUUUGUUACAGUAGUGUGUGUAUGUAGUUCUUCCCACAUCAGUUAGAUAAUG